GCCCAACCCACAACAAUCUAUCUAUCCCCCCUCCCCCGCCAACCCCCAAUCUCCUUCUACCCACGCCCCCCACCACUCAGCAUGUCCAUCGAAGCCAAACUCGCCUGUCUAUCGCGCUGGACGCACUUCGACCCUUCCACCGGCACACCGUAUAUGCUCUCCACACCGCGUCCCAAGGAAGAGAGUAUGUGUUGGACAGAUGCGAUCUACGCGGGUGCAAGUGAGGAAGUGCUGCUGAAGUGGGCGAAGGAAGAGUGGUGGCAGGUUUGGGCGAGGCAGGGGGCUGUUAAUUAUGUGGGAAUAUGGAGGGGGAGAUUUGAGAAGGAGGAAAAGAAGAAUGCCAAGGGAGGCGAGAAAGAGAAGGAUGGGGAUAGGUUGAAGAGGGUUAGGGAGAGGCUG